CGAUGGGGCCCUGAGCGCCGCGGUGGGGCCUGGGGCUCCCUCGCCGCCUCCGGGCGGGGUGCGCGGGCGAACUGGCACCGGUCUCCUCCGGGGAGGCCCGCCCCAGGGAGCCAGGCCGCAGCCUCCGCCUCCCCCGGCCGCCCCCAGGCGUGCGCCUCCGGCCCCCGGGCCUCCCAGCCGGCGGGCGUGGGGCCGAGCCGCCGGCAGAGCGCCGCCGCCCCGCGGGGAGCCCCGGGUCGCGGUGCGGCGGACAGGGUCGUGCCUGCCCCUCGGCCCUGGGAGAGGCGCGGCCCGAGCCGCCGUGCGCCGCUCUAAUCCCGCGCCUCCGUAGGAGGCCUCUGUCUCGCCUAACCGUCACGCAGCCUGCUGAGCUGCCUUUGGAGACAUCUACAGUGCAAAAAUGAUCAUCCCGGUCAGAUGUUUCACGUGCGGCAAAAUAGUUGGAAACAAGUGGGAAGCCUAUCUUGGCCUUCUGCAAGCAGAAUACACGGAAGGAGAUGCCCUGGAUGCCCUUGGCUUGAAGAGAUACUGCUGCCGCAGAAUGCUCCUAGCCCACGUGGAUCUGAUUGAGAAGCUUUUGAAUUAUGCACCCCUGGAGAAAUGAAAUGGAAAAAGUACCCUGCUGCAAGCCAUGUGGAACAUAUCUCUAAUUCUUAACUUGAAACUGGACUUGAGGCAGUAAAGGAUGAAAGCCGCAUGUAGUGCAGCCAUUGAGAGAUGUUUACCUUCUGCAGAAAAUACCACCCCGAGCCACUAACCUCUUUCAAGGAAACAAAGGAAAGAUGAAGUCCCCGUAACCAAUAUUUGGAGAUGAAAUUAAAAGUUUGGAUGCCUCUUUUUAAAUCUGUGUGUGGAGUUAUUUUCUGAACUUUUUAGAUGCUUCUGCCAGCAAAAAUAAAUGUUCGUAUAGAAAAAUUAUUACAUUUCAUAAAAAUAUUGAAAUAAAGGUAGUCUUCCUACA